GUUCAUAAUAUUACGCGCUAAUUAGUUUAUUUCUAUUCCCUUCAUUAAUCAUAAAAGUAAAAUGCAGCGGCUUAUAAGUUAGUUAUUUUAUUAAUUGUGAAACGCAUAUUAGAAGAGUGAAUCGGAACGUUAUGUUUAUUUACGUUCUCAAGACAAUCACACGCAAAAUCACAAAUAGUCAUUACGCACAAAAGUUCAUUGAGCGAAAAUUUGUAGUGUGAUGUACAUACCAAAGCCCUAAAGAUGCGGUGGUAUCUGCCGGGGACUGAGAGCAUAAAGAAGAGGGCCUGCAGAUAUCUGCUCCAGCGUUAUUUGGGCAAUUACCUGGAAGAAAAACUAACUCUUGAUCAGCUGAGUGUCGAUCUAUACAAUGGUACAGGAACCGUGUGCGACGUUAGCCUUGACUGCGAGGCAAUCAAUGAGCUGGGGGACUCGCAAAAUUGGCCACUUGAAAUUGUCGAUGGGCAGAUGCAAAAGAUCACCGUGACAAUACCAUGGUCGACAUUACUCACCGAUGACUCCAUUGUUGAGGUCAAUGGCUUAUCGCUCACAGUCCAGCCCAAAGUGCCGACGGAGCCAGCAUCCACAAUGCUGGAGUCCAUGUGGUCCUCCAUGUCCUCAUCCAUGCAGCUGGCUGAAGAAUGUCUCCGGAAAGAGGCUGCUCCCACAGAAACCAACCCUGUUGAGGGAAUAGAAAUGUUUGCUCAUGCCAUAGAUUCAAUUUUGAGUCGUGUAAAAAUCCGUUUUGUCAACACGAAGAUAAGAUUGGAGCAUGUUCCCAAGAAUGGAAAUAAAGGAAUUGCCUUAGAAAUACACAUAGAGAAGAUUGACUACUACGACGAAGCAGGAAACGAGCCCACUCCAGAAGUCACUGACCCAGAAAAAACUAAAACCUACAUUGUAGCCACAUACUCGAACAAAAAGAUCAAAUUCGAAGGUGUCACUCUAUACACGGACGAGUUUCCGUCCAAACUACGGACAAUGGCCCGAAGCCUUGUUCUUGAAAAGUCAGUCUCAUCACAAGCAGAUAAGGCUGAAAAUAGCCAAGCAGAAGCUACGGACCCAAACCAAAGCAUGAUCUCAGAUGUUUUCUAUGAGACUAGAAGUGUCAUAUCAACUAUAGAAUCCGAUCCUAUCAAAGAACUUAUUGAAGAAGUGACAUCUCAUCCAGAACUGUCUAGGGAAGCAACACCAGAAGAGAGGGCGAGCCAACCAGAACCCAUACUAUUCGCUAAAUUGACCGGUCAACAAGAAUUGUCUCUCAAAAUGAAACAUUCUGAGGAAGUUGAAGGGCCCAUGGUGGAACUGAAGAUGUUAUUAGGAUCAUUUAUUGUAUUUAUAUCGCCUAGGCAGUUGCAUACGUUGAUAGAACUAGUCAAUGCGCUGAAUCAACCAGAUUUAGAAGAUAGAAGUAAUGUACCGCUUCGUCCCAGCGGCAGUAACUUGCAGUGCAAGCCGAUGCGGCCGGCUGACUUCCAGUUGAUAGAGGCUCAGCUGCUGGGCAACUUUGAGAAGGAGAACGCGAAGCCGAGGACUGGCAUGUAUGGCUGGUCCGGGCCUAGCUUCGAAGAAAGUGACCCAGAAGGUGACAACUUCCAUCCCAUGACGUCACCCGGCCAAAUGGCCGAGAGUUUCUCGUCUUCAGUUAGCUCGAUGAGUGCAAGUAUGACGUCCAGCGUUAACAUCCCUACGGUGCAGCCAAGAAUUAAAAGGAAUAAAAAAGUGCCACACAUUGAUGGCGAUCCUACAGCAGAAGUAUCUCACAUGAGUUUUCGGGUUGCCUCGCUGUCCUGCGUACUUUUACAUAAGGAUAUUUUAGUCCCCGCUCCACUAACCUCCGACUGCAUAUCACCGGUCAGUGCUAGCAAAAUGCAAGAGAUAUCAAAUAAGUUCUUUGAGACAUUACAAGACAUCCCCGUGACUAACAAGGCUAUUCAAGAUGCUGCCGGUAGAAACCAUUUAAGGCUCAUGGCCUCAGAGAUGACGCUAGACGGAAGCGAAAAGGUCACGACUCGAGGCAGUCAGACCGUAUGCGAAGCAGCCAUACAACAACUACUGAUACAGGAAUGUCUGUAUUACAAAUCAGAAAGUGGCACUACGGAGUCUGACUGCUUUGACCUGCUGAGGUUCGAAGCGAAAGAUGAUGAAGACGCCAAAGCGCCGCCAAGACCCGACAUCAGGAUCAACCUCAAACAAACUUCCAAAUACACGCGGGUCGCUGGUGAGAAGAAACUCGUCUAUCCCACAACGGAUGUUGUGGUAAAAUGUCUCCCAUGCUACAUAGACGUGGAACUGACAAUAAUAGAGCGAAUGUCGGCCACGUUCUUCAACGGACCGUCCACCACAGCCUCGCCGCCGCCGAACAACGCGCAGAAUCAGUUCAACUGUACGCUGCACUGCCCGGACCUUAACGCUACAUUAAGGUUUCCAAUAGUGGACCUCCGGCCAGGCAUCAGCCGCGAGGUGCGCCGCGUGCGACCAGACUACCUCGUGUUCAAGUUCCAGAAAGUGAACAUCAACUCGCAGCAGACACCCAGCGGCCGCCCGCAGCCGACCACCGUCACUGUUAAAGCCAUGAGUCUAGAUCUGUACUAUCAUGAAAACGAAACAUCUUCUGGUACUCACAUGGCUAAAACUACUAUGGAUGACGCAUUUGCUGGCGAUGUCCUAAAAGGUGAUAUCACAGCACCAUUGCCAAUGAUUACUCUAACUUUCAAGCCAAGUAAAACGCCCAAGGGCCCAUUCGACUCGCUCCACGAAGAGGCAGCGUUCGAGCCCGUGAGCACCAACCCCAUGACCACUUCAAUGUACAUAAUGAACAACUUACACAGCUCCCAGCCUAGCCCCUUUAGUGCCAAGAAAACUGCACACCAAAGCUUUACGAAACACGAGGGCAGUCCGCACGGUCAAGAUGAAGAAUUAAUAGUUCCUGGGAAUGAGGAGGAGAUGAAUGACUUCAGUAACAGUGCCAUAGAACACUCUUCUAUCCACCUGGACUUCAAUCUGCCCAUACUUAGUCUACAACUCGAAUCAAAGCAGCUGUACGAAAUAAUUUAUAACCGGAUCAACUCGGAUCUGCUGCUGUGGGAGCCUCAGAUAAUAGAUCCGUUUGAGAUCAGCCCGCUCAUGUACGGGACCAUCUACCCGGCCUUCGGGAUGUGCAAGGGUUCUGGAUAUGAUUCAGACUCUGGAAGCUCAGCUUCGGAAGAAGAAAACUUGUACUAUUCGACAUACGAUAACAAACUGAAGAAGGGACUCGGCGUUAACAAGCCCAGUUUAUACGAAAAGAAGGAGACGCACAACUUUUGUCUCACUUUCAGCGUCGGAAAAGGAUUGCUUACUAUUUACGCACCAGUGCGGGAUGCGAAUAAACGCGUAGUUCCCGGUCAGAUGGGUGAAUUGGUACUCGAAGCUCACAACCUGACCAUGUGCGAAGUGAGCGGUCUCAACGGGCAGCCCAAGACUGCGCAACUGUGCAUGCGCGCAGGGAAAGUUACACUCUAUCACGAAGCUCUCCUGACAAUCCCAUCCGAAAAACCAGGCCUCAGGUUAUACGGCAAGACGCUGCCUCCACAUCUGAAGAGUACCAUCUAUCCGUCCGGCAAGGGAGUCAUCAUCAAGGAGCGACAUCAGAAUAAGGACAUGUUCUCUAUGGCUCUGAAAGUCGAGCCUGAUUCUGAAACACCUGGAUUAAAGACGAUCUGCAUAGCUCUGGGCUUGGAACAAGCGACAUUGCGACACCGUGGCGACAAAGGGAUAGCUUGGCUGUCCCAACUGAUGGACGUGCUCGACGUGUUGGACUACCCCGUGCCCGGCUACACGCCCGCCACCGUGCUCUCAGAGCUGCACGUGCACAUAGCCGACUGCGCCGUGGACUACAGACCACUCUACCUACCAAUCCGCACCGUUGUGACGCUCGGCAACUUCAGCGUCUCAAGCAACAUAAUCCCAGAAACGAACACGUCCAGUCUACGCUUCCUCGCUCAAGAAUGCACCUUAUUCCUGUGCCACGUGAACGUGAAGCCUAACACUCAUAUACCGCAAGACGACGACAAGUUACCUGAUGUGCAUAAGGAUUAUGUGUGUGUGGUGGAUGUUGGCCUGUUUGAGCUGUCGUUGAGGAUGGAGGAUAAAGUCAACAGCUCCAAAGAACAACCUCAAGUCGACCUCAGCGCAUCGAACAACAUGGUCACCCUAUACACGUGCUGGGACUCGGCUUCGGCGCUAUGUCGGCUGCUGACGUACGCGGCGUCCGACGGCGACUCGCAACCGCCCUUCGACCGCUCCUCGCGGCACACAAGCAUAUGCUCCGACCAGCCCGAGCCUCUAGUCGGACUAGAAGACAGGCCAACAGAAGAAAUACGUGAACUGUCGCCCAGCGAAAUACAGCAGGUGAACGACAUGAUGGCAGAAGCGAUGAAAGAAAGCCCUAACGAUACGCUCGAUGACGACGACCUCCACAGUUCAACAGAAAAAGAAGGUGUCGAGAUAUUCUUCUUCCCCGACGAGUCCAACUCCAAACGGCCCCUGGACUUACUUGAAGAAUGCGAGCCCAAGUCUUUGGACUCCGAGGACUUCCGUCCGGUAGAUGAAGCGCUCGAAGCUAAGCCGACUAUGGUGCAGGUGGCUAAGGAUCUGGGUGACCCGACGUCCACGCCUAAGACUACGCCGAAGAAACCUAAACGGAAAAAGGUCAAAUCCGGCGGCGACGGUAGCAACACUGACGACGAAUACUGCAUCAUCGAAUCUCAGCCGUACUGCGAGGACAAUGACCUCGACGAGCCGGUCGUCAACUGGAUAGGCCCCGGGCCCGUGUACAUGUUCGAGAACCACUUCACUGUACCCGCGGCCCGCAGCGACGUACUUAAAGCACCAAAGAGUUUCCCGCUACCAGUUUUAAGAUAUACGUUGUGCGAGAUGAGCGUGACAUGGAACAUGUUCGGGGGGAGCGACUUCAAAACUACCGGCGACCCGCCGCCCUCCAAAAAGACCGUCACCAUUGACGACACCAAGCAGGGCUCACCUACGCCGUCGAAACGCAGUAAGGACUACGAACCAUACGAGGCCGGGCGUGCAAUCACGGCAGCUUAUCGCCAAGGAGUCAGCUGGUCGUCCGGUUCAGAGCGGGUCUUGCCUCGCAGGAACCCACACCCUAAGCGGAAAGAACUCAAGUCGAGGGGCGGGAGACAUAGGGACCACCAUACUUGUGUCAAACUGUGUCUUACUAAGGUUAAAUUCCAACAUGAAACAUACCCCAGCAGCGGCACGCACGCGUCGCGGCAGACGCUCGCCGUCAGCAAGAUCGAGGUGCUCGACCGGCUGGUGUGCAGCGACAUCAACAAACUGCUCAGCCAGUACAAGCUGAAGGACGAGCCCGAACGGAGCAACGCUCAUAUGUUGGUGAUAAAGGCCGUGCACAUGAGACCCGACCCGGCGCUCUCCGCGCACGAGUGCUGCCUCAAAGUAUCACUGUUACCGCUACGAUUCAACCUCGACCAGGACACGCUGGCUUUCCUCGUCGGGUUCUUCUCUAAACUUGGCACGGACGAGAACAAUGAUGACGACACAAAAAGCAUAAGCGGGCUGUCAACAGACUCUAGUAGCUCACGGCAGACCACACCCACACACCGGCCUCCAGUCAUGAGCAUAGCCAGCCACUUGAAGGACCCGCCACCAACACCGACUUCACUGGGAGAUGCUGAUGCUUUGAGCCUCAACGAAACUGUGAUCCGAGACGACGAACCUCUGAUGGAGCCCUACGAAGCCGAGCGCCUGGUGUCCGAGAACCUCAUACAACUGGAGGAGGACUUCAACCGACUGGGCGUCAGUCAGGAGAAGCCCACCACUAAAGUGGCGGUGGAUCUGGAGCCGGUUGAUGACUCGCCGAUUUAUUUCAGGAGGGUAGUGUUUUCCCCCGAGGUCCCGAUCCGGUUAGACUACGUCGGCAAGCGCGUAGACCUGUCCGCGGGCCCGGUGGCCGGGCUGCUCAUGGGCCUGGGGCAGCUCAACUGCUCGGAGCUCACACUCAAGAGGCUCGACUACAAACUUGGGCUACUAGGCCUAGAGAAGCUAGUACAAUGGGCCUUGCAUGAAUGGUUGUCGGACAUCAAGCGGCACCAGCUCCCCGGCCUGCUCGGCGGCAUUGGGCCCAUGCACUCGCUGCUGCAGUUAAUAACGGGCAUACGCGACCUGGUGUGGCUGCCGGUGGAGCAGUGGCGGCGCGACGGGCGGCUGGUGCACGGGCUGCGGCGCGGCGCCGCCUCCUUCACCGCGCGCACCGCCGUCGCCGCGCUAGACAUCACCACGCGUCUGCUGCAGCUCAUACAGGCGACGGCAGAGACGGCGUUCGACAUGCUAACGCCCGCGCCGACGCUACAACUGGCGCCGGCGUACGAGCGCCGCGAGCGCCGCCGCCGCCGCCGCCGCGACCCCGCGCGCAUGCCGCAGGACAUCCGCCAGGGCGUCGCCACCGCCUACCACACCGUUAAGGAGGGCUUCGCCGAGACGGCGGCAACGAUGGCGCUGGCGGCGCGCUGCUCGAGCGGGGUGGGCGUGCUGCGGCACCUGCCGGGCGCCGCGGUGGCGCCGCUGGCGCUGGCGGCGGGCGGCGCGGCCGACGUGCUGGGCGGCGUGCGCGCCUCGCUCGCGCCGCACCAGCACCGCGACAGCGCCGACAAGUGGCGCGCGCACUGACACACGGACAAGUACGUCGCACACGAUGAGUAGCUUCGAUGAAGAAAAAAUUCAACAAUACUUUACACUGGUAAACAAUUAUACAGUACAUAAACUUGUUAAGAAUUGCUCAUUUUAAUUUACGAUCAACGGAAUAUCACAUCCACUUGUGUUCAAAUUUCUAAACGUUCCUACCAUUCGCCCCCUUUCAUAAUGUUAUGUAACGUUUCGAGCACUCUUAAAAGGGUGGAUAAAUUAAUUUUAAACAUUUCAAGGUACUACUAUUAUUAAUUAUUGUAAAAAAAUCGCCAAAAACAAAGUUUUGAUACGAUGUAUUUUUGUAGUCAUUAUCAUUCGUUUGUGAUCAUUUGAUCAACUGAAAUACAAUUAUUACAACGUAAUAUUGUACACAUUAUAACAUUUGCAAGUACAGCUUGGCAAAAAAGAGUUAAAAUUAAAAAGUGGCAACACCGUAGUGUCGUCCCGUUUUCUUAUAUAAAUUGGUUUGAAAGAGACGACACUAUUACGAUGUUGCCACUUUUUAAUUUCUACUCUUUUUUUGCCAAGCUGUAUAAGAGGACAUUAAAGACGUGUAGUUGUCUGGCAGCUAACACAUCGCCUAGCUGAUUUGUGUAGAACAUAGCCAUACAUUGUACUAUUGACGUUCUCAUAAGAUGUCAAAUUAUAUUCGAAAUAUUAUCCUAUACUUAGGUCUAGCAUGAAAACCGCUUUUUGUAUUUUCUGCGUCCUGUCUAAGGCUGCGGUUCUGCCGACACGAAGAACUGCAAAAUGAAAGGAGAUUCGAAGGAAUUAAAGCUUGUUUUCUUGUUCAUCCCUUCUCCGCUCCGUGACAGUAAAACCACAGCCUAAGAGCCCUUGUACAUCGCGACUUUUUUACGCGCUAUUGACGCGUUUGUAUAGAUACACACGCGAUUCGCACGCAAGUCAGACGCAGCUUGUAGACCUUUGCACACCUACAGCGAUGCAGGCGCGCCGGCUAUGCGCCUGUAGCUAUUAUAUAGACGCGAUGCUAACGCGUCGUCGACCCGCGUUUUCGGAACGCUGAAAAUUCGUAGGUUAGUAUUUGUGGAACAACCAUGCGACUAAAAUAGGCGUAUAAAUGCAAGGACACAUUUAAAUUUUAUCAAUAGUUUAUAUCGAUAGGGAUUUCACUAAUAGGUACAUUAGUUUUCAAAUUUUUAGAUUUAAACUUUUUCAAAUAUAUGGUGCUUAAUUUUAGUAGCAUUUAAUUUAGAGCAUUUAGUUGCUUGUACGUUUCAGUUUUUAUUUUAAUUUGUUGAUGUAAAUAAUUUUUCAAAUUGUUAGAACAGCAGUUCAACCGCCAUAAAGAAAAUUAUGUGGCAUCAAUAGGUAAUAUAAUUUUCUUUGUGACGACAGGGUUUGGUGCCAUGACAUGAUAUUGUUGUAAAUACAAGCGCGUAGGAAUAAUAAUCAUUAAUUGCACCAGUAUGACUCCUUAGCUCAAAAAGUUUGAAAUUGGUCCGUUUCGGCAGAUACGCAAAAAGAAGUGGACCCGCUUUAAGGACACAAAUCUAUCAGUUCUUAUAAACUCAAAUAAAGGUGAAUAAAUGACAAUUUACAAUCUGACGAUUUGUUUCCAUUGCAAUUUCUUUUUUGUAUACAGGGUGUUUGGUACAUUGUUUGCCAAAUUAAAACGGCAGAUAGGUUGAGUCAUUUGCUAUCUUGUCAGGCCUAGAAAAAAAAAGGCCAUCGUUUUUUUUACUACUACGCAAGUAAAAAUUUGAUAAUUACGAUAUACUGGCAUAGAAAUGAAAAAAAAAAUGUGCGCCAAAUUAAAAAUUUCUAGGCAUGAGAAGAUAGCAAAUGACUCAAGCUAUCUGCCGUUUUAAUUUGGCAAACGAUGUACCAAACACCCUGUAUAAAGCUACUCCUUUCUAUCGGAUCGGAUGUGAUUGUGAAGCUUAUAACUACAUUAACUUAUACUUAAAACUUGCACAUUUGAUAUGUGUAGCAUCCAAAAUUGAUGUAUCAUUAUAUCACGGUGCGUAGCCAAGAUGCCAAUCGUUUACGCUCCGUAGCGAACGAAGCGAAACUGUCUAUGUCGCACUAAUAUAGAAGAGUGAUAGAGAGAUAUUACCGUAUAGUUCGCUACGGAGCAAACGAUUCGCAACUUGGCUAGGCCACCUAGUGAUUUUAGUUUUUUCAUGGGCCGAAUAUAACGUCCAAAAUCAACCAAGGAGGAAGAUGUCUAGAUUCUAAACUUUGUACUCAUAGAGAUAAAGGUUUACUUUGGCAGUACAGUAGUAAUGUAACGCGCUUGAUUUUACAAAAACCUGUAGAUUUUACAAAAUCUAAGGGUGGUAUUCCACCUAUCCCAUUUCUUUGUCCAAUGUGUAUUGCGUCCACGUUUUGCUUUAAUGAGAGAGUGAGACGCACUGACAUUGGUCAAAGAAAUUGGAUAGGUGGAAUACCAUCCUUAGAAAUGUGAUAUGAAACGUCUAAAAUUAUCUAGAAUUGCAAUUGACUCAAUCAAAUGCGACUGGCUUAAUGUUAAGAGGAGUAAACAUAAUUAAAAUAUUCUAUAUAACAUUUUUAAAUAUUAGGUAUGUAUAAUACACCUUAUAUAACUUGUGUUGCGUUGUGGUGUAACAUCCCUUUAAACGGUAUUAUGUAUACUUGUCUCAUGUAUACAUCGAUUGAGUAUCCUUUGCACACCAAAAACUUAAUAAGCCGGUCUUUGCUGUCGCGCAGCCGGGUAAAAAGUAUGUAGUUUAUCGGGAUGGUACAAUGCAAACUGACGGUUUGUUUCUAUCAAAAUGUGACAAAUACUUGUAGUUCAUGGAGAUAAUAGCUACUUUCAAUUAUUGUCACAACUUAGUAAUUUUAUUUAAUUACCUGAAGAUGUGAAGCAGACUGCCCUAAGAUAGGAAGAACGAAUGAUAUAUUGAUGCAGUCAUAGUAUUGGCCAUGUCCGUGUUAGAGUAAACCACCAUCAGCGCACAUAGUGUCAUAAAUGGAAUUAUCCAGUCGUGUGUUUAUAUUGCUCGGAAUUAGUCUAAUUUACCUGUAUGAGUGUUUUCCUUAUGAAACCAUACCUAGAGGUAGCAUAUCGAAAAAAAAUCGUCGACAUCAGAAGUAGCUAAGCGGGCCAUAUGUUUAACACAAAAAACAAUGACCUAAACACUACUUUGUCAUGAAAAGAGCCCCCGUAGCCAGGGCUCGGAACCGGUAUUUUUUUAAAACCCCGAAAUAGACCAAUAUUUUGAAUUAUUAUAUGCUUUGUACGAAGGACCGAGUCAUAUAUUUAGGUAACAACUUCGUAUUAUUAGAUUGUCUCACUAAAAAUGAAAUAAUAAACCAAAGAACGAACCGAACCUAAUAAUACCGGUAUUUUUGUAUGGAGCAAAUACCGGUUUCCGACCCCUGCCCGUAGCUGCUAUUUUCCAGCGUAUGGUGAUAGCACAGAAAACCGCCUGUGGUUGGUCUGUGGGUGAUAGAGAGAGUGCUAAAGUGCAUUUCACCUAGGGUUACCAGAUACAAAUUUAGAAUUUCCUGACAAAAUUCCUGAUUACCGAAUAUUUUUCCUGACUUUUGGUAUUUUUGAGUGGGGGUUCUAGCCCCGGGAUGGCGGCCCGAUUAAGUCGAUAGCCAGAUACGCAGGUAGGUAGUGCAAUAAUUGUAUUAUUUUGGUGGGUUAGUAGUUAACUUUAGUCCGAUAAAACAAGAUGUUUUACCUACAUUAUUUCAUCUUGCCUACAUCUAUGUAUGUAUGCUUGAGUAAAGAUUUCUUAAUUAAUAAUUACGAAGUUAUUAAUAAGUUGAGUGGAUCUCAUUUAUUAUUUUUUUACAAUGUUUUUGGAUUAAUUUAAUUACAUAAAAUGGUACUUUAUAAAAAAAGUCGGGCAAUUAAAAAAAUCCUGACAUUGUCGUGUUCCGUCUCCAUUCCUGACAAAAGGCCAAAAUUCCUGACAUGUCAGGAAAAUACCUGUCAUCUGGUAACCCUAAUUUCACCAUCAAUUGGGUACCUACCUCUUGGGGUGAUCUGCUUGACAUAUAGUUCUAUAGAAUUUAUAAAUAAUGGACCGAUAUAUUUAAUUAGUUCUUGUGAUGACAUUUAUAAACGUGUGAUCCUCUAGCAGUAAACUAAGACUUUAUUGCAAUCGAAAUAUUUUAUUUUGUUAUUAUCUUGAAGCAACAGAUUGAAAGUUUUAUGUUAGUUUAUUCAUCAAAAGUCAGUCUUUAUAGAAAAUAAAUAAAAUUGACACUUUA